CCUCAUAAAUACAUCUGGUGCCUUAUCUAUCCUUCUCUUAUGGAUCAGAAAUCUAAAGCAUGAGGGCUCUCACAACAGCUUUGUUUCAGAAUCUGAUGGAUUCCAUAAGCCAGUGGGAUAGUCUCACACCUCUGCUUCUUGCUCUCUGUAGCAUCUUUGCCGUCGCUUGGUACGCCUGGAUCUUCUUCACCAAACCCAGUCCCAACCUACCUCCAGGUCCACCGGGCCUCCCCUUGUUUGGCAAUCUUCUCUCUCUCGAUCCCGAGCUUCACUCUUACUUUGCUUCUCUCUCUCAAACCUAUGGCCCCCUCUUCUCGCUCCGACUCGGCACCAAAUCCGGCAUCGUCGUUUCAUCCCCUUCAAUCGCUCGUCAAGUGCUCAAAGACCAUGACGUCACUUUCGCCAACCGUGACGUCCCCGUCGCCGGCAGGUUGGCUUCCUACGGCGGAAACGACAUCGUUUGGACUCCUUACGGACCUGAGUGGAGGAUGUUGAGAAAAGUGUGCGUGCUUAAGAUGCUCAGCAACACCACCUUGGAUUCCGUCUAUCAGCUCCGUCGCAAUGAGAUCCGAAAAACCGUUGGGUAUAUAUACAGCCGGGUCGGGUCUCCGGUGAGGAUUGGGGAGCAGAUAUUUCUGACAGUGCUGAACGUGAUCACCAACAUGAUGUGGGGUGGGACGUUGGAAGGCGAUGAGAGGGAUGUUGUGGGAGCAGAGUUCAGAACCGCGGUGGCGCACAUGACGGAGCUAUUGGGGAAACCCAACCUGUCCGACUUCUUUUCCGGGUUGGCCCGGUUUGAUUUGCAAGGUGUGGAGAAACAGAUGCGUUUGUUGGCAGAACAAUUCGAUCGGAUCUUCGAGAAGAUGAUUAAUAAGCGACUGAGGAGGAACAAUGAGGGUGAAACUGGAGAAGAGAGCAAGGAUUUCUUGCAAUUCUUGUUGAAGUUGACAGAAGAGGAGGAUUCCAAGACACGACUCACCAUAACUCACCUGAAGGCGCUCCUCAUGGAUAUGGUGGUUGGUGGAAGCGACACAUCUUCCAACACCAUAGAAUUUGGAAUAGCUCAUAUCAUAAAUGAGCCAGAAGUGAUGAAAAAGGUUCAAGAAGAAUUGGACAACAUUGUGGGAAGAGAGAACAUAGUAGAAGAGUCACACAUUCACAAGCUUCCAUAUUUGCUUGCUGUUAUGAAAGAAACUCUCAGGUUACAUCCUGCUCUUCCUCUCUUAGUUCCUCAUUGUCCAAGUGAAACCACCAUUAUAGGAGGCUACACUGUCCCAAAAGGCUCUCGUGUGUUUGUGAACGUGUGGGCCAUACAUAGAGACCCUUUGAUUUGGAACAAUCCUCUUCAGUUUGACCCUACAAGGUUCGUGGAUGCUAAAUGGGAUUUCAGUGGAAAUGACUUCAAUUAUUUCCCAUUUGGGUCUGGACGAAGAAUAUGUGCAGGAAUAGCCAUGGCUGAGAGGACCUUUUUAUAUUCUGUUGCAACACUAAUGCAUUCAUUUGACUGGAAAGUUCCUGAAGGCCAAAAGUUAGAUAUGUCUGAGAAGUUUGGUAUCGUACUGAAGAAGAAAGUUCCUCUUGUUGCCAUUCCCACACCAAGAUUAUCCAACAUGGCUCUAUAUAAAUAGAAUAUACUCCUUUGAUCCUAUUUAUAGGACAUGGAGAGAAUAUUUAUUUUAGUCAUAUUUAUAAGACACUAAAGUGAUUUUUGUGUCUA